GAAAAACGCAACGUUGUAACUUCAUCACGUGUUAUCGCGAUAGCCUAUGUUGCCUAUGUGAGACUGCGAAGCGAACAUCCGGUCUCUUUUCGGUGGCAGGCUGUCGUCGAGUCAGUUUUAGAAAAUGAAGCUGAAUAUCUCGUUUCCUGCCACUGGCUGUCAGAAGCUCAUUGAAGUUGAUGAUGAGCGCAAGCUGCGAACCUUCUAUGAGAAGCGUAUGGCAACAGAGGUGGCUGCUGAUCCCCUGGGAGAUGAGUGGAAGGGCUACAUGGUGCGCAUCAGCGGAGGUAAUGACAAGCAGGGCUUCCCCAUGAAGCAGGGUGUGCUGACCCACGGCCGUGUGCGCUUGUUGCUUGCCAAGGGCCAUUCCUGUUACCGCCCCCGUAGGACAGGAGAGCGCAAACGCAAGUCUGUCCGUGGCUGCAUCGUUGAUGCCAACCUCAGUGUGCUGAACUUGGUUAUCAUCAAGAAAGGCGAGAAGGACAUCCCCGGCCUGACCGACAGCACCGUGCCCCGCCGCUUGGGACCCAAGAGGGCCAGCAAGAUCCGCAAGCUCUUCAACCUGGCCAAGGAGGACGAUGUCAGGCAGUACGUUGUGAGGAGACCACUGACUAAAGAAGGUAAGAAGCCCAGGACCAAGGCUCCCAGGAUUCAGAGGUUGGUGACACCCCGUGUGCUCCAGCACAAGCGCCGCCGCAUUGCCCUGAAGAAACAGCGCACCCAGAAGAACAAGGAGGAGGCUUCUGAAUACGCCAAGCUGCUGGCCAAGAGGAUGAAGGAGGCUAAGGAGAAGCGCCAGGAACAAAUCGCCAAAAGGCGCCGUCUCUCCUCCCUUAGGGCCUCCACAUCCAAAUCUGAGUCCAGCCAGAAGUGAAAUGUGGAAUUGAAUUAAAAAAUGUUUUGCUGAAA